CUGUGAGGCUCAGUCAUCAUCACCUCUGAAGCUGUAUCACCAUGAGGCUGCGGUUCGGCCAUCUCCUGGUCGCUGGGUUGUUCCUGUGCUGCUCGGCUCUGACGCCUGAAGAAUGCCAGCGCUCGGUCACACCUUUGUCUCUCGCCGACCCCCAAAUGAUGUUGGGCAGGUGGAACUUCUUGGUGGGUUACACUGACCAUGAAGUGUUUAACGAGAUUCUGAAAAUAACCGACAGUUCCUGGCUCACCAUCAGCGCGUCACCGUUCAGCACCACUGAGCUUGUGAUGUCUGAGGAGAACAAGAUAGGUGGGAAGUGCUUUGGUGCAAUGGUGAACGUGACCAUCGACGGCAACACCGCAAUAACAUCACUGGCUAACGUGACCUCGGUGUCCCGCCUGCUGCCGAGCUGUGACGGCUGUCUGGUCUUCAGCAUCAACAGCACCGCCAGAAACAUCGAGAAGUUCCUUAACUUCAUGAACGUCAGCUGCGCUGUCACAGAGGAUUCAUUCACCGUGCAGUCGCUUUACCUGAUGGGCAGAGAGUCAGCGGUGAAAGAUUCAGACCUGGAGCAUUUCAAGCAGCAGGCGAGCUGCCUCGGCUUCUCCAGAGAACCAGACUUCCUCUACGACCCAGAGAAAGGUUUCUGUGUCUCAGGUGAGGGCCCCAGGAUGGUUGCCUGAAGUAAAACCUGAACUGUCAUCAGAUACAAACAUGUCCAACUGAAACUGAGGAAGUAAAGACAAAAAAGUAUAUGGUAUAUGGUCUGUGUUU